GACCAUUCAGGCGGAAAGUCCCCACUGUCUGUGUCAAAACCAACUCCCGUUCAAGCGUCCGCCUGCGCCGUUCCUGCUUGUUGCCUGUGAGAGAGAGAGCCAACAAAACAACCUACCUCCGACCCGCCGACCCUGACGCCAUUCCCUUGAUCCAGUACACACACUGCGCUGCGCAAUCCAUCGUGGCCUUGUUUGUAUUGCGCUUUUGUUUGGAGCAGCAGCACACCUUCAUCACAGACAUACUACAUACCAACCUCUCUCUUUUUACGAUACCUACCCUGCUCUCCUCCCACAGAACCAAAGCCGGCAGCGCAUACAUUCAAACCAACACCAUCAUGUCAAAGAGAACAAGCGUCGCGGCCUCCGGGUCUGCCGCCUCCUGCAGCAACGAUGCCUCCGUCUCCAAGUCGCCAGCGCUAAAAGACAACAAGCAAGACCUCCUCCUCUCGUCCGAUGUAGGCCACUUCUCCCUCGUUCGCGCCCUCCACCUGGCCGACCUCAUCACCGAGCUCAACGGCCUCUGCGGCAUCCUCUCCGUCUUUUCCUCUCUGCGGUACUGCAUCGCCACGGGUCCCCUCGCCUCGGCGCUGAACACGGAAGCCCACUCGACGCUCUACUGGGCGCUGGGGUUCCUGCCUCUGGGGUUGUUCUUUGACUUUUUCGACGGUAAAGUUGCGCGGUGGAGGAAAAAGAGCAGCAUGAUGGGGCAGGAGCUGGAUUCGCUUGCCGAUCUUAUCUCGUUCGGCGUAGCCCCAGCCUCAGCCGCCUUCGCCAUGGGCCUCCGCACACCAGUCGACCACCUCCUCCUCGGCUUCUUUGUCUUGUGCGGCCUGACGAGACUGGCCCGGUUCAACGUCACUGCCGCCGCCAUCCCAAAGGACGCCACAGGAAAGGCAAAGUACUUUGAGGGAACCCCCAUCCCUACAACGUUGGCUACCGACGCGGUGAUGGCGUAUUGGAUCUCCAAAGGCUGGAUUCACGAGGCGUUGCCUCUGGGCACUUUGUUCACGGGCACCCUCCUAGAGUUUCACCCGGUGGCGCUCAUGUUUGCUGUUCAUGGGUGUUUGAUGUGCAGCAAGACGAUUCAUAUCCCUAAGCCUUAGGUUUUGUAUGGAAAAGGGUUUUUUGAGGGGCAAAAUAGGAACUGGGAUUAUUAGUUGGGGAAAGAAAAAUGAUAAAAAAGGGGGUGGUUUUUGUUAAAAGAUACCUGACGACACACGCAACACACACUGGACGCAUGAGGCUAUGCAUGAUUGCACACUCAACUUUUAUGUAACAAACCUCUGAGUCCUCUUUUUCUUUUUUUCUUAUGAUGGAGGGAGAGAGAUUGGGGAACAAAAUGGGAAGGGGGAAAAGGGAUACCAAUUCAACAUGAUGAAGUAGUACGAUUAGUUUUUGUUUUUUGGCUUUUUGUUGCGGCUUUUGCGUUGUAUAUUGGAUUAUCUUGUAGAGUGCCUUGCUUCAGCUUUUGAAUGAUACCUUUUUUUUCUUUUUUGGACAGCUCUCUUUAGUCCGUUGUCAAGCCGACCAACUUCCAGGGAGUAUUGCGAG